AUGAGCGACGUUGCGGUUGCGCUCGUGCCAGCAGCAUCGGCCAAGGCUCUCAAGGACGCUCUCAAGGUUCGCGGGUGGCUUAGCACCGCACGCAGGCCAGCUAUGGUGGGGGGGAGGAUAGCGUUUCCGCUGGCGGACGGCGCCGAGGACGCAAUCGCGCUCGCAGCCAGCACACCACCGUUUUGUGACAUUGAGGCCGUCGAGAGGAUAGCCACCGACGCCCUCGCCGUGAAGAAGGCGCCACCGCCGCAGAAGCAGAAGCCACACAGCGCCCACAAGGCGCGUGUGGCGGCGGCGCCCACUCGGCCACGCGCACAGGAGCGCUCCUUUGGCGGCGGUGCAGCCGUUCGCGGAAGCAGCAUGCUGCCGCCAGCAGCGGCCGUGCAGCGAGUCGAGUGCGCCGGUGACGCCGACUACGAGUGGCUGCAGCGGCAGGUCUUCAGCGGGCGUCGGCCGGCAGUGCUCUCCGGCCUUCCUCUUGGGGAGUGCGUCGGAGGGUGGAGCGCAGAUCGGCUCGCGCGAGCGCACUGCGCGAGCCCAUCGGUGAGCGUGCACGUCUGCGCCUCGUCAACGGUCGACCUCGCGGGGCACCGUCCCGCAAACACGCCCCGGAACUUUGUCUUUCGCUCGAUGCCGUUCGCAGAGGCGGUGCGCCGAUGCACGCAAUGCAUGCCGCAGGUCGGAGACAUCGACCGCUGGAAUGACGAAACCUUCCCGCGUUUCCGCGCCGCGGUGGGUGAGCGCUUUGAGUGUGAGCUGAGCCCGGGCGAGGUGCUCUUCAUUCCGGCGCUCUGGUUCCACAACGUCACGUCGAUCGGCUUCUCGGCCGCCGUCAACGUCUUUUGGCGCUCGCACCCCGCCGCGCACGCGCUGUACGACCCAAAGGACCUCUACGGCAACAAGAUCGCAUCACUCAAAAGCCUGGAUGACGCAUCAAAGCCAGCGGUGCUGCUGGACCUCGGCACUUGCGACGGCCGCAGCACGGCGCCGUGCUUCAGGGAGUGCGCGAGGCACAUUCGCGAGCGUGACGCGGGUGCGCACCCACCUCGGCCGCAGCGACCAGUGGUCGCCAUUUUCGAAGAUCACCGCCACAACGAGUGGAGCCCACUCCUCACGCGCGAUCUCAAGCACGAGCUCGGCGAAGGCGUGUUCCCGCUCGUGAGCAACACGAGCUUCUACGAGGAGGUAACGGCGCCCGGCUCGCGGGGGACGGCCGAGGGAUUGGCGGCGGCCGAGGGUUGGGCUGCUGGUGGGGCUGGCCAGCCUGGCGAGCUGGACGCGGCCGGCGGCCCACGAGUGGCGCUCAGCGGCGGCGGCAGCAUACCUCUUCUUGGGCUCGGCACGUGGGGGCUCGGGGACGACGCCACCGCGGGCGCUGCGGUGGAGGCAGCGCUGGCCGCGGGCGUGCGGCACUUCGACUGCGCGUCCAUCUACCGCAAUGAGGCUGCGGUCGGCGCGGCGUUGCACGCGGCCCUUGCGAGGCCGCAUUCCUCGGUGGAGUCCAGCCCGCCCCCCGCCGACCCAAACACUGCGCGGGAGCUCUACGUCACCUCGAAGCUUUGGCCCUCGGACCACGCGCGCGUGCGCGAGGCGUGCCUCGGGUCGCUGCGCGCCCUUCGGCUCGACCGACUCGACCUGUACCUCUUGCACUGGCCUCCGAGCGACGACGGCUCCCUCGAGCGCCUGUGGCGCUGCAUGGAGAGCCUCGCGGCGGAGGGGCUCGCCACGUCGAUCGGCGUGUGCAACUGCUCGGCGCGCCGCCUCGACGCGCUGUUCGCGCUGCGGCCCGCCGUCGCGCCCGCCGUCAACCAGGCGACGCUCGCCGCGUGCGCAGCGCGCGGAGUCCACGUCACAGCCUACGCGCCCCUCGGCCGAGCCCUCGGCGCCGGCGCCGGCGCCAGUCUGCUCAAUGAGCCGGUCGUGCGUGAGGCUGCAGCGCAGCUCGGCGGGACGCCAGCUCAGGCUCUGCUGCGCUGGGCCAUCGCCCGCGGGUGCAGCGUCGUGCCAAAGAGCUCUUCGCGGGCGCGCAUCGAGGAGAAUGCGAGGUCCCUGCGGCUCGCACCUCGAGAGGGCGGCCGGGCGGGAGAGGUGGAGGCGUUGCGAGCCCUCGACGCCAUUGAGCCGCAGCAGCGGCGGAUGACGGGCGAGACGCUGGUGGGCGCGAGGCGACUGUAUGCGAGCGUUGAGGAAGUGUGGCGCUGA